GCGGCCAUCCUCAAGGCGGCCAACUUCGGCGGCGCCAGCGACCUGCCCGCCAGUGCCAGCCUGCCCCGCGCCGACGUUGAGCUGCCCGCAGGUGCUGCUCACCUGCCCGUCGCCGCAGCCCGCGAGCUGCCCGCGGGCGACCUGCGCGGCGCCAGCUUGCCCGCCGUGCGAGGCGACCGCGCGCGGGGAGCCGCCUCCGUGCCCCUCGCAGGCCCGCGAGAGUGCGGGCGAGGCGGCCUCCUGGACCGUCUGCGUACCGCUCUGGUUGGUGGUGCAGAUGGUGACAGCCUGCUGGAGCUGCUGGAUCCGCCUGCUCGCUGUGCCUCGGCCAGACGCGUGGGCGCCGCGCCCCCCAUGCUGGCCGCGGCGACAUUGUCCGACGCGGUGCCGGGCGACGUGGUAUUAGUCCGUGGCUUCGCCCUGCUGCUGAUGGCCGCCCUCCUCACGGGUUCGCUGACCCUGCCCACGCGUUCCCUGAUGGGCGAGAUCUCCGACGGCCAUCUCGGGAAGUGGAUCUCGCGGGCGGCCGCGCAGGCCGCGAAGGUCGCCGAGGCCGACGGUGACCUGGCUGCCGACUGCCCCAUCGUGAGCUGCCGCGGAGGGCGUCGAGUCGCCGCGGACGCUUUGCUGGGCGCGACACUCGCGCAGCCCAUCGCCCGCAUGGCCAACGACAUCUUGGGGCUCGACUUAGGGCUCGAGGUGCGACCGGUGAAAGUGUUUGUGGGAGUCAAGGGCGCGUGCGCGCCGAACGGCAAGGACGCGGUCUUCGUGGAGUUCAGCGACGAGGAGCCCGUGGAUUUUAUCGCUCGGCUGGCUCAUCGCGAUCGCGUUGCCGCCGCGAAGGCGCAGCCCGACGCCCGCGCACUCUCGGUCAAGAUUGGCCCAGGCGGGAAGCACACUCCGCUGGGUCAACACCUCGCGUUCCGCAGCACGUGCUCUUUGAAGCCCGAGCAGCGGGGCGUCGCCGAGCACGAGACCUUGCCCCGCAUCAUCGAGCUUGCAGGGCAGUACGACCAGCUCGUCAUCAGCAACCUGGCCUGCGCGGGGGCGGCGGCGAUGCGAGUCCAGACGAUCGAGUGGGCGUAUCGCGACAAGAUCAGGGAGACGGACGCUAGGUCCAGCUCGCGGCUCUCGAUCGAGGAGGCGACCGCCUUCUCGGGGCUCAGCCGCGCGGGCGACCUGCUGAUGGCGCCGCCAUCGUUGCUGGAGCACGCGAAGUCGCAGGUGGAGCAGGACGCCGCCCCCAUGAAGAACAUGAGGAAGGCAAAGGAGGAACGCGAACUUCGCCGGAAGCAGAAAGAUAAACUGGGGUGGGAGGCCCUGGGGGGAGGGGCCCAGAGCAAGCCGGCCCCUCUGCCCCAUGCGUUCCCCAGGGCUUGCCACGCGCCUUUCCAGG